AUGAUCAAAGAUGACACCGCAUCUUCUUUUGCAACAAUUAUGGCAGAUUCAACCCUGUCGUGCCCCGUGUGCUUUGAGUCUUACUCUCCUACUGAAGGAUCAGCUUUUGCACUACAUGUUUCUUCCUGCACGCGCUCUUCUCUCUCGCCUCUUGGAUCUCCUUCGUCUUCGUUAGCACAUUGUCCACUUUGUCUAUACGUUUAUACGGCUGGGACCCCAGCGCACGAAAUCUCGUUCCAUGAACACGAAUGUGCACGUGUGAAUGAUUUACCAGACGAUGGGAGUGAUGAUGGAUCGACAUCUACUGCUGCAAGUCGAAAUAACAAGCGACAGCGAAACGAGGCGGUUGCGCGCGCAAAGUCAGUGCCAAGCGUAACCCUCUUUCCUUCCACCUGUUUUCUCUGCGGAAAUGGCGGUCGUGGACUGCUUCAUUGUCGUGGUAAUUGUGCGCGUGCUGCUCAUCAACACUGUGUGGAUCAAUUACAGGCGCCAAUUGUUGGAGAUCCAUUAUCCGUCUCCGAGCGUAGGCAAGCAGCUGAUAAAUGGAAAUGUGCGCAGUGUGUGAGAGGUUUACAUCGCUGUCAACACUGUGGCUUUCUAGGACACGAAGCUAAUGGUAUGCGUAAAUGUACCGUAGUCAACUGUGGGUACCACUUUCACGCACACUGUCUACCUGAAGCAACGGCAGCAGACUUCGUGUGUUCACGCCACAUAUGCAUGACGUGUGGUACUCAGGAGACAAACAUGAAGCGAUGCAAGAGCUGCUCAUUAUGUGAUCACAUGACGCACUUGCACUGUCCAAACGAAAGUGGUGCCACGGUGACUGAUUUGACAGGACUGGAUCCAAUUCAUCUCUUUAAGUGUCCUAGGCACGACACAGAGACUUUAACAUAUCCAACUGACAGCUUUGAUGCUACUAAUUCUCUCAGAAAGAGACUUGCAGCAGGUGAUGUGGUUCUCGUGCUUGAAUUUAAAAAUGCGUUAUUGCCGUUGAGUGCGAAGGCAGCGGCCCCUGAUGCUGCAAAUCAUUGGGGCGUUGUUGUUUCAGCAGAGCAGACAGAGCCACAUGGACGUGGUAAUCAGCUACUGAGUGUGCGCAUGUUUGCAGAUGACAAUAUUAUCAUUGUACCCAACCAGUACGCACUGCGUGUCGCUUUGACAACGGAUUUUUCUCGACCUGUAGACCUCAUUCGCCACUGUUUGCAGCGUCAUGCGAUGGUGGAACUUCAGCUGCGUCACAUGGAAGGCGAUCUCGAUCAGGAUGAAGAGAAACGUAUUCUGAGCGUCAGUAGGGCAGCAUUCGCUGCUCGUCUGAAAGCAUUUCGUGUGACUGCAGCUCAGGCAACAAGUGACACGGAGCAAGGUCUAGCACUCUGGCGUCGGUUUCAGGAACUUCCACAACCGCGUCAGUAUGACGGUUCUGGAACCUCCGCACCCAGCUUUUUGUUCAUUGACACCCGUGGACGUUGCUAUGCACAGCAAGAUGCUGCAAGUAGACGAGGUUUAGAAGAAGUGAUAGUAGAUGUUGAUGAAGAUGUGACCAUGGCAGAUCAUGAGAAAGUUGACAGUGCCAUAAAUGGCAUUGUUCAUGGAUCUCCGCAUAUUUUUGCCUCAUCUAUACCGACAGAUGGUGAAAAGAACCCGCAUGAGAACAAAUCUAUGAUCUCUAUGGAAAAGAGCACGGUAAAUCAUGAUGGGGCAAUAUCACCGCCGCAGACCUGCAACCAGGAUGCAAUUAUUGCAGACAGAAAAGUUCACAAGCAUGACAGAAAGGGAUCGUAUCAAGAUAAACAUACUUCGACUACAGUCUCAAUUAUCAGUCAGGAUAUUUCUGCCCAUAUCCGUACUAUGAGCAAUCAGGCGAGUGUUUGUGUCGUGAAUAGUACGAAACGGACAGUAAAUUGUGAUAACAGCAUUGAUGCGAAGCGUCAAAGGACCAACUUAAACAUCUCUCCAGGAUUGAAGGUACCAAUUUUAAUGCCCAUCCAAUUCAAUAAACUGCAACCUGGAGCUACUUUGAAUUGUGCAUCUGUACCUGCCACGCUACACGUCUCGCCCAUGGCAUCGCGUGCAAUUCUUCCGCCAAAACGGAAACCGAUGACCCGAAAACAAAAAGUGCUGGCUGAUAUGCCUCCGUUGUUGCUAAAAGAGUUGGAGCGGGAAGCGUGGCGUUAUCUGGAGACUGCUGACAGAUCAGUACGGAAACCGACACGAAUUCCAGCUGAUGGUGAUGCGUUUCCGUGGGCCGCUCGAGCUGCUAAUUUAUGCCCUGCUUUUUAUAGACCCACUGUAAUGCUGGGACAUAGUGGAAUUCGUCGAGCCGGCGUGGAUGCAGUCAGUCGCUUGCUGGUCAGUCAGGACAAGCGCAGUAUCAAGUGUUUCGUGCAGACUACAGAGAACGGCGUUGAUAUGACCCAGUGCUCUCAUGUGACUCCAGUCAAAUCAUCCUCUGCAUCUCCAGGCUUCGUGCUAUUGGAUCUGAUGACUUUGCACAGCUUUCGUGAUUUGGAGUUAGUGAUUCGUUCUCGUCUCGUGGAAGCUCUAAGAAUUCAGUCUCGCUACACUCGCAACCACUUUGGCAUGGACGUGCAUCAGGCGCAGUGUUGGCUUGAGCGGCAGCGUCGUCGUAAGGUCAGUGAACAGCCUCCCGUAUCUUUGUCCUAUUGUACAAUGAGUGGUAGGACGUACCAACUUAAUAUGAAGCAAUCCUCGCUCAAGCAAUCUAUCAAGGACAAACAGGCAUGGGUUUGUUUUUGUGCGAAUGUGUGUCAUCUCUCUGUAUCCAUCGGUGUCCCCGGUAUGUCUCGUGCAGGGUCGAAGCCAAAUGCAUCCGUAGCCCAGCACGUUUUCGGCACUGUUAAGUAA